AUGGGCUCGACCUACCCUUCUCCAGCGCCGGUUUCCACCGAAGUUCUUCAAGACUCCGUCCUAGGACCAGUGCUGUUUCUGAUCUACGUCAACGCCCCUCCAGGUGUUCUUGCAAGUCUAUGUCUACCUUUGUGGACUUGGAGUUCCAAUGCCAGUGCCUUCCGAAUGGAUGUAGACGCUGCCAAGCAGUGGUCGUUGGACUGGCACCUUCCUCUGGAUGAAGGAAAGUGUAUCCAUAUGUCACUUGAAGGAGACUCAGCGAAUGCCUUUGUUGUGCAUGGUGAGAAAGGACCAGAAAACAUCAUGAGGAUAGAUGCCAAAAAGGAUUUGGGCAUCUGGGUCUCCUCAAACUUGUCCUUCUCACUGCACCAUGAGAAACAGGCACAAAAGGCAUUCGCCAUUUUACGGAUGAUCCGACGCACCUCCCGUAUCACUCGCAUGGACUUCCACAUACUCUAUGGUGCCUACGUCAGACCGGUCCUGGAGUACGCCAACCAAGUUGUGCACUCAGGACGUACGAAAGACGUCACCUUCAUUGAGCGUUUCAAGCGGGCCGCCACGAGAAUGGUUGCCGGCCUCAAACCCGUGGACUACGAAACGCGUCUCGCGAUGCUUGAUCACUCUCCCCUGGAAUACCGUCGCCUGCGAGGGGAACUAAUACUUACUUACGCUCUGUUUGAACAAAUCUUGGCAAACAGGUUUUGUACCGUUGACCCAGCAAACACCCGGCUGGGAUAUAGUGAACGACAGCCACUGACCGACAAGUACAAAAGCGACUCGGGAAACUUGGAUAAUCGCGUCGAUCCUGUGUAUCAAUCACCCGAGGUUCCCACAGGGUGUGGACCAAUGGACUCAAUGGAGAAAUCUCAUGCGCUCCAAUCUUCCGUAGUGUCUGCGCUAUUUGACGCCCGUCAGCUCAUCUGGACUGAACUAUCGUCCGUCAUAUCUGGACGGCAACUUCAGAGCUUUUACACGGGAAAGCCACUCUGUUCCACGUGUUCUCGUGAUAUUGCACUUUCGGAUAAGCUUUCCACUGUCAAGGAACACGGGCGGCCUACUGACAAAUUGUCUCCCCACAGGGCACGUACAUAUCGUACGCACUUUGGUGGACACUCGGAGGCACGCAAACGACUACGAAGUAAUACAUCUUUGUCUUCCUCCUCUCCGGUCUCCUCUGCCAUUGGGAGGGGUCUGGGUAACGCAUUUCCUCCUCGGUGGGAUACAAAACCAGCUCAGAAACGACACUGUACUCGCGAAUCUCUUGGUGUCAUUCCUUCGUUUCCGAUAGUCCUAGUCCGUGAUGCACAGUCCUUGGAUGAAGUGGAUGAUGACUUCCACGAAAAACCCGCCAAACGAGAUAGUGUUUCACCAGCUCCUCUCCAGAAGCCAAGUGCUGUUGUUGGAAGUGUUACAUCCAAGAAGAAACCGGCAGCCACUCCGAAAGGUCAGGCUUUUAGAAUGACUGAGUUUAGUCCUCCAACUCAGCAGUAUGAUGCGUCAUUCGCCAUAGAAAACGCAGUGAAUCACUCUGAUCUGGCUGCUGUUGAAAUUACGCGGCUUGACUCCGUUGCUUCCACAGCUCCCUAUAUGCGCGCAGAUACUGCCGAUGAGCAGGAGUCAAUCACGUUAUCAAUGGACAUACAACAACAGACCUCGAAGUUUGUCUUCAGACGCCCACCUUCUAGUCGGAGUCGUUCCAGAAUGGUGGCCUCUCAGCUCCUUCAGCGUCAUCGUGGAUUGGCAUUACGGGCCCAUCAAAAUCGUCGGACGGUUCGAGCUAAGCAUCGACAGGUUUCCAAGCGGCAUUCGCUUACGAGAAAUAAGCGGAAAGAUCUUGAUGAAACGACUGCUGACGCGUCCCUACCGUCCGAUUUCCUCGAAUCUGAAUACUCGCUACGAAUUCCAGAAGUCAAACCGGAGAUGAACUCUGGCAUCUCAGCCCCUGUCCCCCAGCUAGCGGGAGAGCGAACGACUGAACUAGAAGAGUGCCUUCCUUCACUCGGAGGAUCACCUACUGCCAAGGAUAGGCAAUUGUUUAAACGCCCUGAAGUGCCGGUGGCUCAGACUACCUCUUCCUCGAAGCCCACGCAAGCAAGAAAAAGCCAAUCGGUCUUGAACCAAGUAAAUGAUGCUUCCUGUACAUGGAGUCAAAGUGGAAGCAUCUCAGCCCCUGUCCCCCAGCUAGCGGGAGAGCGAACGACUGAACUAGAAGAGUGCCUUCCUUCACUCGGAGGAUCACCUACUGCCAAGGAUAGGCAAUUGUUUAAACGCCCUGAAGUGCCGGUGGCUCAGACUACCUCUUCCUCGAAGCCCACGCAAGCAAGAAAAAGCCAAUCGGUCUUGAACCAAGUAAAUGAUUUGGAGACGCAGCUUCCGUCACAAUAUCCUGAAAGCAUGGAUGUCCCUUUGCUUAAUCAGGAUCAUGGUAUCCGAGAUGAAGAGCACCCGUCCAGUGAAUCCCUUGUUAGCAAAGAAGACAAGGAGAAUCGAGUUCCUUCGGUGGCUCAAGUUGCUUUGGGUUCCGAAGCACCAGGUAGUCGUUGCGAGUAUUAUACUUCACUGGGCCUCUCCAGUCCUCAAGUGGCCAAUCGGAUUCACCGAUGCUCUAAACAUCGUGCUCUUCACGGCUCACCUCCAUCCACACCUAAAGGAUUUUGGGAUAUUUCUAUACCUGAUUCGGAAUAUCCUGUUAAAUUCGAAGACUCGGGAAAGGAACAGAUCAGGCGCUUAAGACGACGACACCCUCUCAAUUUCCCUGACAAGUCGGGCCCUUCAACUGGUGCUGAACGAGUCCAUCGGCCAGAUGCCUGUUUACGGGAUGCUGGCAAUCAAGCCAGAAAUCUUCAACGUUGGUACGCAACCCAGACCAAAGUAAAGGAUUAUUACUCUGUUUUGCAAGUCAAGCCUACAGCUUCCCAGGCCGAAAUCAAGAAUGCGUAUUUGGAAUUAUCAAAGAAGUAUCAUCCGGAUACCGCGGCUCCGAACAGCAAUUCGAAAUCUCGGUUUGUGGAUCUAACUGAGGCUUACUCGGUUCUUGGCAAAAUCGAGUCUCGGCAGGAAUAUGACGCCUAUCGCAAGUUACUGGACCUUGGUCUUGUCGGUGAUGGCUUCCGAAUGUAUUAUCCCAAACCCAGUGGUGAACUUGAUGCGGCUGCUUUAGAAGCCUAUCAGGAUGAAAUGCGAAGGUAUUACUCAGGUUUUUGGUUGGUAUUCACUUUGAAAACAUCGGCUCCAUCUCAGAUUGGUACUUUAUUAUCCUUUGCGGAUUCUAUCGCAGCAACUGUUAUCGCAUUCCUCUACAAGCCAGCAUUUGGUCUCACAUUUGAUUCAUCGCACAGUCGCUGGGAAGAUACUUUUCAAAAUUAUUUCACCGAUAAAGACGAUGCGUGGAAAUCCCGUCUCUUGGUCCGGAAACUUGGAACCCUCAAGCACGAUCGGUUCACGAACUUUAUUCUUCUCAACCAUCCAAAGGAUCCAUACUUUGCACAAACAGUGAAACAACUCCGUGAAAUUUUCGUCUCCGCAGGAAUCAGAUAUUCGCUUUCCAAGCUUGAGCACGAGAAGGAUAUUGCCGCGAAAGUACUCACUACCGAAUGCCAACUUUUGCGUAAUCUUAAACACGAUACCGCAAUGGUACAGCAGACGUCACGACUUACUAAUCCCAGUGGUGUCAUGGCACUGAAACGAACCACUGUUACACAUGGGAAAAAACCGCCAACAUCGUGA